AUGCCAAAAGAUUUUGUUUUGCCUCUGCGUACUGUUAAUUUUCCUCAGAUAUGCCAAAAAAUUAUUGUUAUUUCUGGAACUCUUGUUGAGAAUCUUGAGACAACUGGUUAUAGUAGAAGAUUCCUUUUGGUUGGUAAGGAUAUCAUGGUUUUGAACAUAUCGAGACUGCAUAUAUUGCAAACAUUUCUGAUUUGCCUGCUGUUUGACAGGGGGAAUGCAAAAUCAGUGAAAUUCUCUCGCUCUCGCUCUCUCCAUGUAUGUAUCUCUCUUGAUUCUCUCGAUUUCUCAGUGAAGAGGAGACUAACCCAGGAUAGCAGAAAGCCCCAUUUCGGUUGUGGUUCUCAAUUAGUCAGGUUAGCCUUUGCCCAGAUUGGUUUUGUUUAUGACAGCCAUGGGGUCAGCAAUAUAUGUAUAAAGGCAUUCCUUAUCUCGAGAGAGUCGUUUUGA